AUGUCAACAUCAGUGUCCCUGUCAGGUCUUAAGCGUCUUCCCAAACUCGUUGUAUUCGAUCUUGGUAAGAGUAACAGUCAAGCUUCUAAUUAUACAGAUUUCACGCUGUGGCCAUUAUGGUGUGAACACCAUGUAUCACCUCCAUUUGUGCGAAAAAAAAAUGUAAUAUAUGACUCAUAUAAGAAGAUACUUGAUGUCGAUACAAAUUCAGAGAAAAUACUUCGUGUCAUCAAAUCAUCAACCACAGUGAAACUGGCUUGUGCUUCACGGUAA